CAAAAGUGAAACAUUUCAUUCCGUCCGGUUUUCCUGUCCGUUAGUAAGUUUGCGUUUGCCUUGGACAACCCUUCUAUCCAGCUGGUCAAUUUAAAAAACUCACAAGGAUUGGCAGAAGAAGAUGUGGUCCAAGGUGUUUGCCAUGUUCCUUUUGCUGGUGGCCGUUUUCUACCAGGUAGGCAGCACAUCUGUCACAGAACAACAGGCAGAGGGGGACAGCGCAGAGGUUCUGUUUCUGUGGCGACAGAAGAUAGUGGGGUCUAGUGGGCUACAGAGAGCCAAGAGAGCCUGGGUUAUUCCACCAAUCAACAUCCCUGAGAAUGCCAAGCAAAUCCCAAAGAAUAUAGUCCAGAUCAAAUCUGACAUUCUUGAGCCCGGGAAGGUGCUGUAUAAGAUCCAAGGCCCGGGGGUCGAUGAGAAUCCCAAAGGAUUUUUUGAAAUCAAUGAAACGACCGGGUGGGUCAUUCUAAUGAAUGUGCUUGACAGGGAAACCCACAGUAAGUUUAAGAUCAAGGCCUACGCCCUGGAUUUGAGCGGGAAACCCAUGGAAGAGCCCACUGAACUGGAGAUCCAUGUGGUGGAUCAGAACGACAACCGGCCCGCCUUCGUGCAAGAGGAAUUUACUGGACGUGUUCAUGAAAACUCUAAACCAGGUACGUCUGUCAUGCAGGUUGAGGCAACGGACGCGGAUGACAUUGAGACAGAAAACGCAGCCCUGGCGUACUCCAUCAUCGGCCAGGAGAGCAUCCCGCCAUUCCGAAUCAAUAAAACCAUGUUCGGAAUCGAUGAGCUCACUGGCAUCAUCUCCACCAGGGAUGUAGGGCUGGAUCGAGAGGAGGUGGAUGGGUUUAAUAUCACACUCCAGGUUGCGGACAUGUCUGGUUCUGGGAUGACCAGCUAUUCCUCAGCACUGAUCUACAUCAAUGACGUUAACGACAAUGCUCCCAAUUUCACCUCUGACACGUUCCACAUGUCAGCAAUGGAGAACAAAGUGCAGGCUGACGUUGGCAGAAUCACUGUGACAGACGAAGACGAAGCGCAAACAGAGAACUGGUGGGUGAAGUACACCAUCACAGCUGGGGAUCCGGAGGGGAACUUCGACAUCCGCAGGGAUGAUGCAACCAACGAAGGCAUAGUGUCUGUGGUGAAGCCGCUGGAUUAUGAGUCUCUGAAUUACUAUGAGCUGGUGGUGAUGGUGGAGAACGAGAGUCCGCUGAGCCUCAUGGGUCCCAAGACCCCCCCGAGCAGUGCCACUGUGACCAUUAACGUGCUGAACCAGAACGAGCCCCCCGGCUUCCGGCAGAGUCCCCUGAGACUUAGCAUCCCCGAGGGAAGCCCGGCCGGCACCCUGCUAGCCAGUAACAUCGCCUUGGACCCUGACAGGCAGGCUCUACGAUACGAUGUGCAGCACGACCCGGACCAGUGGCUGUUCCUGGAUGAUGAGUCUGGGGAGAUCACAGCCAACAAGGAAAUUACCAAGAAUUCCCGCUUCCUCACUGAGGACGUCUACAUGGCCAUCAUCACAGUGGAAGACACAGGAGACUACCCCAGCACAGCCACUGCCACGGUGUAUAUCACAGUGUUAGAGGUGAAUGACUUCGCCCCUGAGCCCUUUCCUCUGAGCAAGUUCAUGUGCAAUGACCCAGAGAAAGGUUCUGGUUUGGUUCUGAGUGCUACCGACAAAGACCAGCCCCCUCACGGAGCACCCUUUCUCUUCAGUUUGGAUGACAGUGAGCCAGAGAAUAUUCGGAACUGGACCCUCCACAGAAUCAAUGAUACUCAUGCGGCGCUGCGUCUGCUCUCGGCAGUGGUGGAGGGAGACUACGUGCUCCCGGUGUUGCUCAGUGACUCCGGCAUGCCUGCCCUCACUGAGAUCCACAUGGUCAACGUGACGGUGUGCCACUGCAACAAUGAGGGAAGCUGUCAGCCUUUCUUAGCUGCCAUCUUCAGCGCUGGAGUGGGGCUGAGCCUGGGCGCGCUCCUCAUCAUCUUGGGCAGCAUCGUGCUCCUGCUCUUGCUGUUGUUGAUCAUGGCUGCAGUGGAACAGUGUCACCGAAGGCCCAUCAGGAAAGGGAUGCUGGGAAUUUCAGAAGAUGACAUUCGAGACAACAUCUUGAACUAUGAUGAGCAAGGGGGCGGAGAAGAGGACGAGAAUGCCUACAACAUGGACCAGCUGAGGAACCCCAAUGAGAUCAUCCCACCCCCCACCGCGGCCAUGCCUAGAGGGAAGCAGCCAGUCAGGAAAGACACGCCCUACAAUUACCCCUCCCCCUCGUAUCCACGGAAAACCCCGGCCGACCCCAUUGAUAUCGAGGACUUCAUUAACAAUGGUCUGGAUGCAGCAGACAAGGACCCCAAUGUGCCCCCGUAUGACACAGCGCUGAUCUAUGACUUCGAGGGGGACGGCUCGCUGGCUGGCAGCCUGAGCUCCAUCGCCUCGGGCAGCUCUGACGGAGACCAGGACUACGACUAUCUCAACAGCUGGGGACCCCGCUUUAACAAACUGGCCAACCUGUAUGACAAGCACUGACACACUGCAGCUCUCACACUGUCUCUCUUACACACACACACCCCAUCGCUGCCCUGGCUGAGGGGGACCUCUGUUCAUCACUAAAGUCAGCGUGUUUCAUAUUCUUAUUGUAACCCUUCUCCAUCAUCACCCACUAGAUGCUGCAAGGCUUACAGCAGGUCUAGAACUUUUUUGACUUAAUUAUAAUGGUUGUGUAAGGCAAAUUGCGAUUGGACUUUCGUUGUAAGAUCCGUCAUGCAAUUACACAUUUUUGCCACCUGGUGGUGUGUUGUGGUGGAAUCCCACUAUACGCUAAUGUAAAUACAAAUUAAAAGUUAAAGAGCAAUAAAUAUCACGUAUAAUUUUUUUUUUUUUUUUAACUGCUGCAGUAAACAAUUGUAUUUGUGAUUUGUGUCUUUGGCUGUGAUGGGUGAGGGUGGGUAGUGAGUAGUGCUGAGCAGGCCAGGUUGAGAGUGAGUGCCGGUAGACUGGGCAGAUUGAAGGCAGGGAUUGCAGUAGGUGAACUUUGAGCACGUAAGGAAUUUGGCAAGUUAGGGGACAAAAGAACAUGAGAAACCUUUGAGCAGCAUAUAACCAAAUACAUAUAUUGUACCAAUCAGAGUACUAGUUUAAGGACUCGGCGUUAAAAUCAAAAGACCCAUAUUAAACAAUAAUAUUAUAAUAAAUGAUUCAUAUAUUGUAAGAGGAACUAUCAUAUUUGUAUCAAGUUGCUCUGGAACUUAAAAAUGUAUGCAGAACUUUAAAGGUUACAAAGAAGAUGAUUUUAUAUCUGUGUUUUUUCCCCAGGAAGUCAGAAAUACUAAAUAAACUUGAUAAUGAGGGUUUGGAUAGUAAAGCCUUCUUAUAAUCAAUCUCUUCUGUAUUCAAGGGAGAUGGGAAGGAGAGGUGGUAAAUUAUGCCUUGUGUGUUUCUAUUAUGAUUCAUGCUGGGUUGAGUGAUAAAGAUCAAGUAUAAGACACUGCGCUUUUUAUUUUUGAAUAGUAUUUGUUGUUGAGAGAUGACUUUAAUGCUCUUUAACUGUUUUUAUAAGUUUUCUGUUUUUGCUAUUUGCAUUCAUGACACACUGACUGAGAUAGAGGGUAUCGUUUUAUAGAGUUUUAAUCUUGAGAUGUUUUUUUUUUGUUUGAAAAAGAUUUAAGAAAUUGAAUGUGUUAAAAAAAAAAAAAACUCCAUUCAAGACCUAACAGUGAUAGAAUAAUAUUUGAUAUCCACCAACUAAAUUCAGAUUAAUUAUAUUGUAAAGCCUGUCGUUUUUUAGAAUUACUUUUUUUUUUUUACUGUUUGAUAUAUACUAAUUCACUCUAUUCUUACAGUUAAAGUAUUUUUGUAUCAAAAAGUCAUGAUUUUUGUACACAUUUUGCACAUAUACAUUACAGAUACAUAGGUUUCCCUUUCACAUUAUAACAACCCACCACCCACAGUGGGUGAUUUCUCCACAAUACUGAUGCUUCAGCAGACGUGUUCAUCAUAGCACCUUAUUUCUAUAAUAAACGUUACAAUAUUAUACGAUAGAUCCGCUGCUAUGCCCCAUUUUAGGGGAAAUAUUAAUGCAGUUAUCAAGGCUAUUUUACUGUCCUGUAUAUAUUUAAUAUUUUUAUAUUGAAGCGGUGUUGCGCCAUGUAGGGAACAAUUUGUGUUCUUAAGCUGAAAAGGGCUUGUAACCAGGAGGUCCCCGGGUCAAAUCCCGGCUCACUCAUUGUGUGACCCUGA